UCCCCAACCGGCAACAGACUCCCUCCACAAUUGUUGUUUCGUUCCCACCGCACAGCACCGCAUAGCACUCUAACAAAAUGACAGACGCCCCCGUGUACAUGGCCACCGUGUCGGCCCCCACCAACAUCGCCUGCAUCAAGUACUGGGGCAAGGCCGAUGCCAAGUUCAACACCCCCACCAACGACUCGGUGUCCGUCACCCUCGACCAGAGCGACCUGCGGGCCGUGACCACCGCCGCCGCCUCUCCGAAAUUCGAAAAGGACCGCCUGUGGCUGAAYGGGGAGGAAGAAGAGGGUGCCUCCACCAGCAAGCGCUUCCGGGCCUGCGUCGACGGGGUCAAGCUCCUGGCGGCGGACCCSGAGAAGUGGAAGGACCUCAAGGUCCACGUCUCGAGCUACAACACCUUCCCGACGGCCGCCGGCCUUGCCUCGAGCGCCGCCGGGUACGCCGMCCUGGUGGCGGCACUGGCGGAGCUCAUGGACGCGAAGGAAGCCUAUCCCGGGCAGCUCACGACGCUCGCCAGGCAGGGGAGCGGAUCCGCCUGCCGGUCUCUCUACGGGGGAUUUGUGGCCUGGAGGGCCGGAACCCCGGAGGGCCGCAGCGACGACAAGGAACCCACCCCCUGGAGCGACUCCAUGGCGGUCCAGAUCGCCGACGAGACCCACUGGCCGGAGCUCCGGGCCGUCAUCAUGGUGGUCAGCGAUGCCAAGAAGGACACGUCGUCCACGGCGGGGAUGAGCACCAGCGUCGCCACCUCKACCCUGCUGCCCCACCGCAUCGCGAAGGUCGUUCCCGAGCGCAUGGUGGCCAUCGAGAAGGCCUUUCUGGCCAGAGACUUUGCAGCCUUUGGAGAGCUCACCAUGCGGGAUUCCAACCAGUUCCACAGCGUCUGCGCCGACACCUACCCGCCCAUCUUUUACAUGAACGACGUCUCCCGCCAGAUCGUCCGCAUCGUCCACGCCUACAACCAGUGGGCCGGGGAAACCCGGGUCGCCUACACCUACGACGCCGGCCCGAACGCCGUCCUCUACACCCUGGAAAAGCACUCGGUCGAGGUCGGUGCCCUCAUGGCCCACUACUUUCCCCCGGGCGAGGCAUCCGUGGAGAGCUUUUACAACGACGCCUCGUUCGCCUCGGACCUCGGGGGCUUUUCCCUCGACCCGUCGCUCCUGGCCGCCACCGACAAGUGCGGCCGGACGCCGGCGUCGGGAGACGUCAAGAUGGUYUACCACACCAAGGCCGGCCCCGGGCCGCAGGUCCUGGACAACGAGACCGACGGGAACCUCGAUCCGGUGACGGGCCUCAACCGGUAUACGAAACCGAACURAGGCACCGGCCGGCGAGCCGAGCACGCGUGUCGCUUGCUCCGAUMCCCCAWYUAUUGCUUGCGCYGGAGCACGGGCGGUGGAUKCGUUCCUCGAUCGAGAGCAACAGCAGCGAACGACCGAACAAAGAAUAGCGCCGUACACUAAACCAUCACUAUUUUACAAACAAACURCACGCUACCAU